AUGGAUGAUAAUUUGUCUUCGCAGAUAGAAGUACUUAACAAUAGAGUUUCCGAAUUAGUUGAACAAAAAACUAAAUUAAAUAGCACAAUUGAACGACUAGAAAGCGAUCAUGCAAAAUUAGAAGCAGAUAAUUUAGUAAAAAACGAAGAGACGGAACAAAAGAUCAACGAUCUUGAAGAAGAAGUUGGUUUGCUUGGAGAACAAUUGGCUCUUGCUCGUAAACAAGGAGAUGAGUGGAUUGAAGAGUAUGAAAGAGAAAAUAAGAGGUCUCGAAGAGAUGAUUUAAAGUUGGAGCAUGAAAAAUUGCUCUCACAAAUUGAUAGAACAACAACUAACACAGAAAAGAUGAAAAGAGAUUUGAAAGCAGCUUUAGAACGUCAUGAGGCGCAAAAGGAAGAAUGUGCUAUAAAUAAAUCAAAGAUGUCAAAAGAAAUUGAACAAAUAAAGCUAGAGGUUGAAACAUUAAAAUCAGACUUGGAGAUAUCAAUUGCUGAAAAAGACAUGUUGGAAAGUGAAAUAGAAUUAAUUGAACCGGAAACUUCGAAAUUAAAAAAAAAAGUAGAAGAUUUAGAAAAUAAUCGAAGUGGACUGAAUUUAAGACUUCAAGAGUUAUCGCCCAAAAAUUCUGAUAAACAAUUAAAAUCUCCAAUGAAAUUUAGGAGUAACACUGAGAAUGGAGAAAUUUCAAAAUUUUAUAAUAAAAAUUUGGAAAAGCGUUCGAAAUCUUUGUUAACUGGUUCAAGUAAAGAUGGCAACACAAACAUUUCAAAGGAACCAGAAGAAUUUCACAAACAAGAAAUAGAAGUUUUAAAUAAAAAACUUUUCUCACAAAAAGAUACAUAUGAAAAAGAAAUCAAGUCUAUGCAGAAGGAAAUAAAAAGCCUUUUAUCAAAGAUAAGAGACAUGGAUAAUGAAAAUCAAUCAAUUUCAUCAAACAGGAAGUCAUUAACUUUAGAAAAGGCAUCCCUCGUUAAAGAGAAGGGUGAAAUGCAAUAUCAAGUAGAAAAUUUACAAAAAGAAUCUGAAAGAUAUCGCAAGAAAACUAGUUCUAUCACUGAACUUGAAAGUCGCAUUCGAAAGUUACAAAAGGAAAAAGAUGUCGCAAUUGAGCAAAAAUCACAAAAAAUAAUAGACUUACAAAACGAACUUCAAAUUUCCAAUGAUAAAAUAAAAGAAAUCACCAAAGAAAAAAAUCUGAUUUCAAAAGAAAGAUUAGAAUUACAAAGAAAAUAUUUAUUUGCAAAUGAAAUGAAAGAAACAUUAGAAUCAGACAUUAAAGCUGAAAAAGAACAUAUAAAAGCAAUGGAAGUAGAAAUACAAAAUAUAACAGAUCAACUUCAAACAGAGAGACGCGAUCAUCAAGCCAAGAGUGAACAAUUAUCAAUAUAUGAAGAUGAACUACAAGUUACACGAGAACAGUGCAAUAGACAUCGUGAAGAAAUUGAACAGUUGCAAGAAACUUUAAAUCAUAGCAGUAGUCAAACUAAAAAGUUUGGAAUUAUGCGACGAAAUAAUAGUAUCGUUAUCGAUGAUGAUGAUAUUAGACUAUUAUUUGAUGAAAACUCUAAACUUAAAAAUGAGCUAAUAGAAAAUGAGAACCAAUUAAAAGAACUGCAAGAUUCUGCACAAAAUGAAAUCAGCACACUUAAAAAUGAAUUAAAUUCUGCACGUGAGCAAAUUCUAUUAAUGGGCAGACUGAAAAUGACAAACACGACUAACAGCGACAUUGAUAUCGAAGAAAAAUUAAAGGAUAAAGAUAUUCAAGAAUUGCAAAAAAUUUUUGAGGACAAGGAUAUGAAAAGUCAUCAGAAAUAUCAGACAGAAUUACAAAGUGAAAAGAAACGAUACGAAGAAAAAAUUAGUUUAAUGUCAAAAGAAAUACGUUAUUUAAAAUCGAGAUGUAUAAGAGAAACAGGGUUUCGAGCUGAUCUAAGUUAUCAAAAGAGAUUUAUAACGACACUUUUGUGUGGUACAGAAAAAUGGGAAUACGAAUUAUUACAGAUAUUAUCCAAUUCUGGCCCAAAUAAAGAAUAUGAUUAUGCUAAUUCUUCGAAACUAUCGCAAAAAUUUCGCAGUGUAGUGACUUCAAUAAUAGCAGUGCAAAGAAUGAAGUAA